UAAGCACCCAAAAUAUAUUUCUCGAGGGUCACUGCGCUUCGGUUUCGCUUUAACGUAUCAAAGCUCGCGCUGCUGCUGAAAAAUGCAAUGAGUGUGCUCCAAGCGAUCGACCCCACAUGCAUGUAACGCGUCAGGGGGGUGUUGCUUGCUUUCGGAGCAGCCCAUUAAAGUAAACCAGCGACCCUGUGUUUCGAGUCUCCCGAGCGUUUCUGCCUGUCUUUUCUGGCUCUGUGCAUGAUUAGUCCUCCAAGUCGUUGCUGAUUAUUUUAAUCGCGAGGCGAAGGAGAAGCUCGCUAGGUGCUGCUGGAUUAGCGUCUUUUCUUUAAUGGGUACCAGCGAUUCUGGCCCCUCUUUGUUCUGUACAAGUCCGAGCUUUGGAUUCUUCGUUGUGGCUUUGGGACAGUAAUUAAAAAUACCAACUUUGGCUGGUUUGUCGGAAUUCAGAGUAGUUCGGUGGGUUUCUCGGAGCAGAGAUGUGUCUUGGGGGAAGAGGGGUUGACCUAGAUUUGCUGUCUGAAUGCCGCAGGUAAUGUACAUCGAGUUCAGAACGGAAUCUGGGCAUUCGGUGAAGAAGGGUUUUAUGCGUCCCUGAGUGGAGUUGUUUGGCGGGCAUUUUGAGUUUGUUGGAUUUGCUGGUGAAUUUGGUAGAAUUCUACUUGUCUCUGAAGUGAGUUUAUGCUUUCUGGAGUUGCUUCGCGGCCGAAAAGGGUCUCUGGAGAAGCUGCAUUUUGUUGGGGGGACUUUGAAUUUCCUGGGUGGUUUCUUACUUGGGAGUGGUAUUGAAGACAGAUUCUUUUUGUGGGUACAGCACAAGUUGGGUCUACUCUGAUUGGUAUACGAGUUUGGAUUUGUUGGGAGAAAUGGCCUGUGUGAAAUUGGGAUCCAAAAGUGAUGCAUUCCAACGCCAAGGGCAGGCUUGGUUCUGCACAACUGGCCUUCCAAGCGAUCUUGUUGUUGAGGUUGGAGAAAUGUCCUUUCAUCUGCACAAGUUUCCACUGCUCUCUAGAAGUGCGGUCAUGGAAAGAAUGAUUACAGAGGCAUCUGAAGAGGGGGAAGAAAAAUGUUCCGUAGUCCUUCCGGAUAUUCCUAGUGGUGCCAAGACAUUUGAACUUAUAGCUAGAUUCUGUUAUGGGAUGAAACUCGAACUUAGUGCCUCGAAUGUUGUGCACCUCAGAUGUGCAGCCGAGCAUCUUGAAAUGACUGAGGAGCAUGGGGAGGGUAAUCUUAUUAUGAAGACUGAUAAUUUCCUUAACCAAGUAGUCCUUAGAAGCUGGAAAGAUUCCCUAAAGGCACUCCAGACCUGUGAUGAUCUUAUUUCUUAUGCUGACGAAUUCAACAUCACUAAACGCUGCAUUGAGUCACUGGCCAUCAAGGCAUCGACUGACCCUAAUCUAUUUGGAUGGCCCAUCAUGGAGCACGGCGGACCUUUGCAGAGUCCAGGUGGCAGUCUUUUGUGGAAUGGGAUAAGCACCGGUGCGAGGCCCAAGAAUCUAAGUUCAGAUUGGUGGUAUGAGGAUGUGACGGUUUUGAGUUUUGCUCUGUACAAAAGGUUGAUUUCAUUGAUGGAAUCUCGUGGCGUCAAACCAGAAAUAAUCGCUGGAUCACUUUCUUUCUAUGCCAGAAGGUACCUCCCUGGCCUGAAUAGGCGUCGGGGGAUUACCGAGUCUAGUUCCAACCUGUCUGUUAUUGGUCCGGCAGCCUUACCUUCCGAAGUGGACCAGAAGAGCUUAGUGGAAGAUAUUGAUCGGUUACUUCCUAUGCAGAAAAGCCUUGUAUCAACUAAGUUCUUGUUUGGUCUACUCCGAACUGGUGUGAUUCUUCAAGUAAGCCCCUCUUGCGUAUCAAAUUUGGAGCGAAGGAUUGGGAUUCAGCUUGAUGAAGCUACUCUUGAAGAUCUUUUAAUGCCCAAUCUAUGUCAUUCAACUGAGACGCUCUAUAAUGUGGACUGCGUGCAGCGGAUUCUUGAACACUUCCUUGUCAUGGAUAAAGCUACUGACGGGGCCUCUCCAUGUUCGGAGGACAAUGGGGAGUUGAUUGGAUCACCUUUGCUGACUCCUAUUACAAUGGUCGCAAAGCUUAUUGAUGGCUAUCUCGCGGAGGUUGCCCCCGACAUUAACUUGAAGCUCCCCAAGUUCCAGGCUCUUGCUGCUGCUGUUCCUGAUUUUGCCAGACCCUUAGAUGAUGGUCUUUAUCGUGCAAUAGAUAUCUACCUCAAGUCACAUCCAUGGCUGGGAGAGUCAGAUAAGGAUCAACUUUGCAGGCUGAUGGACUGCCAGAAGCUGUCCCUUGAAGCUUGCACUCACGCCGCACAGAACGAAAGGUUGCCUUUAAGAGUGGUGGUCCAAGUACUAUUCUUCGAGCAGCUGCAGCUUAGGACUUCGAUCGCUGGGUGUUUUCUGGUAUCAGAAAAUCUUGAGGGGUCAAGGCAGUUGAGGAGUGGGUUUGGUGGGCCGGCUGAAGGAGGGUGGGAUACAGCUGUGAAGGAAAACCAAGUCCUGAAAAUCGGGAUGGACAGCAUGAGGAUGCGGGUGUCUGAGCUCGAGAAGGAAUGCUCUGUGAUGAGACGGGAGAUCGAGAAGUUGGGUCAGGCAAAGAGUUCGAGCUCUUGGACGAAGAAAUUCGGGUUCAAGAUAAAGUCUCAGAUGUGCAGCGCUGAAGAGAAAUCUGUCAGCCAGAACAAUGGAACUUUGACCGGUAGGAUCGAGAAGCUGAAGGAAAGGCAUGGUAAACGCGAGGAAAACUUAUCUUUGGAUGGAUAAAGACCCUUUGCUUUUGUUACAGCUUUUUCUCAGUAAAAUUCUUGCCUUUGGUUAUUCCACUUCAAUCAAUUUUACAUGGUACAUCGAAAGCUUAGUCUCCUCAACGGUGUACAACGUGCGACAACUUUGCUUAUUUUGUAGCCUUCCCGUACUUUGCUAUGCAUUGGACAUAGCAAAAAACUUGACCAUUCAUAUUAAGCACAUGUGGCAGAUAAAUCUGUGCUUUUGUAUGUU